AUGGCCACUAAAGCCCAAGCAUUCCAGCGGGCAUGCCGUAUUCACAGCUGCACCGGCGGCCAGCUGCCACACAAAGCGAACCUCUACCCUGAUGUGAGGAGCACACGAUCUCUCUCGACCUCAAGUCCAUCCUCCCACACGUCUCCCCCUUCUGCUCUUUCACCCAGUACGGCCCAGAAGUUGGCCAUCCUCCAGCCCACCCACUUCCGCCGCUCUGCAAGCACCUCCUCGUCAUCACCAUCAGGCCCGACUCGCCGAGCCAUCACCGUGACCAGCGACGAUGGACGCUAUAACUGGUCAGAACUGAGCACGGGGGAGAAAGCUGCGCGUGGGACACAGCAGACAUUCAACUUCCUCCUCGUGUCCGGCGGCGCCGUCUUGACCGUAACGGUCUUCUACCUCUUAUACACAGAGCUCUUCGCGGCAGACAGCUCGACCAUCCAAUUCAACGCGGCAGUGUCACGCGUGAAAGCCAGCGCCGAGUGCCGCGCCCUGCUCGGCCCCUCGCGCCAGAUCAAAGCGUACGGCGAGCCCACAUCGAACAAGUGGGCACGCGCACGCCCGCUGGCGUACAGCAAUGAAGUGGACAGGUUUGGAACGACGCAUUUCCGCAUGCAUUUCAACGUCGAGGGGCCUCAGGGCAUGGGGGUUGUGAAUGUGCAUAUGACGAGGCCGAGGGGUGCGGAUGCUUUGGAGUAUGAGGUGUUGAGUUUGAAUGUCAAGGGCCAGGAGACGGUAUAUUUGGAGAACAAGCCGGCCGAGAGGGGGGUCAAGGGGAAGGCAUCCAAGAUGUUUGGCAUUCAGUGGAGGUGA